AUGGCGGCGUCCGAGGGCCUGGAGCCUCCCCCGGAGAUGAACAAGGCGGACCCUGGCGCUCAUCAACUUUCUGAACCAGAGUCAUCAGAUUCAGAUGAUCAGUUUACCGAUGCUCAGUCAGGUUCUGUCACGCCGCACAUAAAUUCCCCAAUCCCGAAAACGCGAGUCGAGAAGCUUGAUUCAAGUCCUUCACACGGCGAAGUUCCAGGCACAGAAGCACAUAAAAUGAGGGAGGCCGAUGCACAACCCGAUGAAAUUGCAGUAGCAAACGAUUCUGAUGCGGAAACCCCUACCGGAAUGGCUUUGCAGGACGCUCCUAUUACGGUACUGGAGGCGACUGAUCCUGCUCAUUCGCCCGGCAGCUCGUCAAGCGUCGAUGCUAAACCAGACAUUGUAUUAGAACCACCAGAAGAAAAGGAAGACGUGGAGGAUAAUGUAAAUGAGGAAGCAGACGAGGAGGAGGAGGAGGAGGAGGAGGAGGAGGGAGACGGGUUUGGCGAUGACUUUGACGACUUUGAAGAAGGGGGACAAGAUGACGAUUUUGACGAUUUUGAGGAUGGCUUUCAACAACCACAACCAACAGUGGCGGCUGCACAAACACCACCACCGGUGCGGCCGUCUGUAUUACCAUUUUCGAUACCGGAUUUUGACGGCUUAGGCCCUGACGACGUAAUCUCGAUGACCGAGCCGUGUUUGGAUAGCCUGUUCCCGCCCGAACAACUGGAUUUUCCUCCUCCACAAACCCUACCAAAAGAAUCCUCAAUGUUCUUGACCCCGAGAUCAGCUUCACUCUGGUCUCAGCUAGUUGCACCUCCACCUCUAGCACCACCUGACUGGAUCCGCUCCCGCACCCGUCGCCUCUUUCUUGUUUCGUUGGGUGUACCAGUUGACUUGGAUGAGAUUCUUCCCGCGUCCAAGCAAAAGAAGCUGGUUCUCCCUUCUCUCAAUAUAAGGACCACAUCACCUAGGAGGUCAAGUGACUCGAGAUCUGCAUCAAGGUUACAACAAGGCGAGGGAAAUGCCUCAUCAACAUCAGUAGACACACAAGGAAAGCCAACGGGCUCAAAAAGGAGGAAAGGACCACCACCUCAGCCAGAGCUGGAUCUGGUGGCCGCCAGAUAUCUCUGCACAACGACAGACGAAGCGCUGGAUGGCAUGACAAAUGAAGAAUUAAAGGCUCACGUUUCUAAACUAGAGGCAAUGCAAGGAACGGCCAAAGAAGUUUUGGAAUACUGGCAGAAAAGAACAGACGAGAAGAUAGGCGACAGGGAAGCGUUCGAAGGAGUGAUAGAAAACUUAGUAAAGCAUGCGCGUAAGCUUUAA